CCCCUCUGAGCCAUUGUCCCCUGGGCUGGCGGGGACCUGGGCAGGAGGAGGAGCACAGGAGGAGCUGAUCUUGGCAGGGGGAGGCUGUUCUUCAGAGGGAGCAGAGGAAAAAAACAUAGAAAUUAGGAUGGGAAGGAAACGGGGCAUGGCUGGGCCUGAAGGAGCUGCUGUGACUGGUGUCGGGGGGGAACACAGGCCUGUUCCUCCCCUCUGAGCCAUUGUCCCCUGGGCUGGCGGGGACCUGGGCAGGAGGAGGAGCACAGGAGGAGCUGAUCUUGGCAGGGGGAGGCUGUUCUUCAGAGGGAGCAGAGGAAAAAAACAUAGAAAUUAGGAUGGGAAGGAAACGGGGCAUGGCUGGGCCUGAAGGAGCUGCUGUGACUGGUGUCGGGGGGAAGACAGGCCUGUUCCUCCUCUCCGAGCCAUUGUCCCCUGGGCUGGCGGGGACCUGGGCAGGAGGAGGAGCGCAGGAGGAGCUGAUCUUGGCAGGGGGAGGCUGUUCUUCAGAGGGAGCAGAGGAAAAAACCAUAGAAAUUAGGAUGGGAAGGAAACGGAGCACGGCUGGGGCUGAAGGAGCUGCUGUGACUGGUGUCGGGGGGGGGACAGGCCUGUUCCUCCCCUCCGAGCCAUUGUCCCCUGGGCUGGCGGGGACCUGGGCAGGAGGAGCUGAUCUUGGCAGGGGGAGGCUGUUCUUCAGAGGGAGCAGAGGAAAAAAACCAUAGAAAUUAGGAUGGGAAGGAAACGGGGCACGACUGGGCCUGAAGGAGCUGCUGUGACUGGUGUCGCAGGGGGGGACAGGCCUGUUCCUCCCCUCCGAGCCAUCGUCCCCUGGGCUGGCAUGGAGCCGGGCAGGAGGAGGAGCGCAGCAUCUCCCGCAGCCUCUCAGCAAAUUCGGGCAUGCCCGGCUUACGUUCAAGGUUGCCACUCACCAGCCAGCAGCUGCCUCCCAGGGCUGAGCAGAAAUACAGGUUUUCAUGGCGGGGAGGAGGAGGAGGAUGGCGUUUACACCUCGAGGAUCGCGAAACGAGAAGCUGUUUUUUUUUUUUCCCCUCCCGUCUUUCUGGGUUCCCUGCAUCUCCCCGGGGGCAGUCGUGUCGCCGGGUGUGUUUCCCACCGUGCAUUGACCCCUCCAGAGUAAACUCAUCCCUCCGGCCGCACGCCGCACUAAAUCACCGGGAUGUGUUUGUUCUGGCCGGGCCCGGCGGAGUCAAAAGCAAACAUGUUCCUGGAAGCGCUGCGCUUGGUCGUGCCCCGGGGUCGGGCCUCCGAGCGCCGUCGUUGUUCCUCCCCGGGGUGACACGCGGGGCUCUGCCCGGGAUGCCCGGUCCCCACGGGGGGCUGCACCCUAGGGUGCUCCCCCGACGGAGGGGCGCAGCGGUUGUUUUUUGCGCUCCCCGCGACGUUGCCCUGGUGACGUUGGCUUCCUUCCCCUCUGCAUGGUUUCUCAAAGUCUCUGGCAGUCUCCACCUCCGCCUCGGCUCUUGCAGCGCGGCCAAGACCCGCGGGGAACGCGCUGCCCGCGAGGACACGUGACGUGACGCGACGCCCUGCUCGCCUGUUUGCUUUUGGGGACGGGAAGCCAGCCCUGGGCGGCCGGCUUGGCCGGGGUCCCCCCGCGGGCGCCCUGGCCCCCACAUCUGGGCGACGAGCUCCCCACUGGGGGGGUCCGGCCUCUGCCCCGGCAGCGAGGAGACUGUUCCCAAGAUGUCCCUCUGGAGCAUUGUCUCCCACAUGCCGCCGGAGGAGUUCAGUGGCCUCUUCACGGAGUUUCCCCGCAGCCUGCGCUGUCUCCUGGCCGACUGGCUGGAGAGCCAGCCCUGGGAGUUCAUCAAUGGCUCGGAUGCCUUCUGCACCAGCAUGGCGGGUGGGCUGCUCUCAGCCAUGCUGGAGAAGCUCCGUGGCGCCGCCGGCAGCGACGGGCAGCAGUGCCAGAUCCUCCAGCAGAUCAGCGGCAUCGAGAACCCCUACCGGCGGGACCCGCUGCGGCUGGUGGCCGUCCUGAAAGCCAUCCUGGAGGGCGAGAAGGCCGCCGUGCUGAAGAGGGACCGCCACUUGCCCCUCAGCUUCCACCGGCGUCAGGAGGAGCUCAAGUUCAGCCUGGGGCUGCAGCGGCUGCAGCACCGCGUCCGUGAGAUCCAGGCGCUGCGGGACGGCUCCGCAGCGUCUCUGCAGCUGAACCUGCGGGACCCACAGCUGAAGGCCGAAGUGAAGCCCCUGGAGAGCGAGCUGCCCACCCUCAUCCUGGAGGCCGUGAAAGAGCUGGAGUUGGCCAAGCAGCAGGUUCUGAAGAGGAUCCAAAUCUGGAAGAGGCAGCAGCAGCUGGCGGGGAACGGGGCUCUCUUUGAGGAGAACCUGGCCCCGUUGCAGAAGAGGUGCGAGAGCCUGGUGGAGGUUUACUUCCAGCUGCACCAGCAGGUGAUGGCGGCCAGUGCGGAACUGGGGGCUGAGCUGCUGCCCCGGCUCCUGGAGCGGUUCAACGAGGUGUUGUCCAGUCUGGUCAAGAGCUCCUUCCUGGUGGAGAAGCAGCCCCCGCAGGUGCUGAAGACCCAAACCAAGUUCCAGGCGAGCGUCCGGUUCCUGCUGGGCCCCCAACUGCUGAAGGCAUCGGCCAAGCCCUACAUGGUGAGGGCUGACAUGGUGACAGAGAAGCAGGCACGGGAGCUGGCGCUCAGCGCCUACAGCAACACCCUCAGCGAGAGCACGGGGGAGAUCAUGCAUAACGUGGUGGCCCUGGAGACCAACCCCACCAACGGGACCUGCUGUGCCAACUUCAAGAACGUGCUGCUGAAGAAGAUCAAGCGCUGUGAGCGGAAGGGCUCCGAGUCGGUAACGGAGGAGAAAUGUGCCGUCCUCUUCAGCACCACCGUGACCCUGACCCCCGGCAACCUCUCCAUCCACCUCCAGGUCCUGUCUCUGCCCAUCGUGGUCAUCGUCCACGGGAACCAGGACAAUAAUGCCAAAGCCACCGUGCUGUGGGAUAACGCCUUCUCUGAGAUCGACCGGGUGCCCUUCGUGGUGGCCGAGCGGGUGCCCUGGGAGAAGAUGUGUGACACGCUGAACCUGAAGUUCAAGGCGGAGGUGCAGACCACCAAGGGGCUUCUCAAGGAGCAUUACUUCUUCCUGGCCCAGAAGAUCUUCAAUGACCACAGUGCCAGCCUCGAGGACUUCCAGAACCGCAACGUCUCCUGGGCCCAGUUCAACAAGGAGAUCCUGCCCGGCCGAGGGUUCACCUUCUGGCAGUGGUUUGAUGGAGUCCUUGACCUCACCAAGAGGUGCCUCAAAAGUUACUGGUCAGACAGGCUCAUCAUCGGCUUCAUCAGCAAGCAGUACGUCUGCAAGCUCCUGAGCACGGAGCCUGACGGGACCUUCCUGCUCCGCUUCAGCGACUCGGAGAUCGGGGGGGUCACAAUCGCUCACGUCAUCCGGGGCAAGGACGGCUCCAGCCAGGUGGAGAACAUCCAGCCCUUCUCUGCCAAGGACCUCUCCAUCCGGUCCCUGGGUGACCGCAUCCGGGACCUGGGGCAGCUCCGUAACCUCUACCCCAACAUCCCCAAGGACCAGGCCUUUGGGAGUCACUACAACAAAGAGCAAACAGGCAAGGACGGCCGGGGCUACGUCUCCACUGCCAUCAAGAUGACCGUGGAAAGCGAAAGGGACCAGCAGCCCCCCCAGGGCACUGCGGGGGUCCCCCCCGAGGGCCCCCAGGCUCAGAUGUUCAGCCUGCCCCCCAUGCUGCAGCCCGAGCUGUGCCCCGAGAGCCUGCAGUCGGUGCUCAGCCCCAUGGGCCCCCCUGGUCCCUUCUGCCCCCAGCCUGUCCCCACGGGCUACCCCACGGCUGAGAGCAACAUCGACAUGAUGGUCUCCAACAACCUCGGGUCUUCCUUCCCCAGCACCUCCCCGAUGUCCCUGGUGAUGGACCCCGCGCUGCCCCACUGCCAAGACCUUGCCUUCAGGAACCCCCUGUAAGACCUGGCAUGUGUCCAGAGUUGGGGGGGGGGGACACCCUGACCUGCCCCCCCCCC